UCACGUACAUUUUGUACACAUUGCUGUAGAUUUGGAAAUUGAUGACUAUAAACAAACCAAAACAUUGUCCAAAAUGACUACUUGUGAUAGUAAAAAUGAACAUGCUACAUGCCUAAUCAAUACACAUACAUUCAGUGAUUCUCUGCUUGACCUUGAGGUUAAUUUUCAAGUGAUCAAGAUGGAAGGAAGUUUUUUUCUGUGGAUAGGAAAAGAUCCAAAUUUUGGGAACCUGGCCAUGGCUUUGACAACUAAGUUUGAGAAAAAUCCCCUCGGCACGCACCUCCAUGGAGACCGGAAUGAUGACUUCAGUAUUACACUUGCACAGAAAUUAGCCAAGAAGACUGGCAAGCAGGUGUUUGUGAGUUCAUGUCUUCCAGAUGACAGGCAGUUGAUGCCACUGGUGGAGAAAAGAGUGGCAGAAGAAAUGAAGGUCAACCCUGACAAGUUCUGAAUGCUAACAUCAGCUUCAAGGCGACUUCAAUGAACUACUAUGGUUGCAGCUGGGAUCAGUCGAAUCUCAGAUCGGGAUGGAAGGGUGGUCUUGUUACUUGCAAGAUGAUACGGGUGCUCGUCCCAAGCAAGAUGAUUCGGGUGUACCGUCCCAAGCAAGGAAUUUUCAUUGACUUCACUGUCGACAAAACACUAGUCCAAUAGUAUCAAGCCAUUCUGUUGGACUCUAUUUGAAGAGAAGCAUCGUCCAGAAUGGUAAUUAAAAGCAAUGUCAAUGUGAUGUUUUUUUCAUCUCCUUCUGGUUCUGGAAGCUUUUACUUCUUCUUCUGUGUUCAGAAGUUUUCAGAUGUUCGCUAGAGAGAGGGUUUUUAAUUUCCAUUUUUUUUCGAACCAGUGUUGCGAGCCUGCUGGUCUGGUCCACCUGUAAGUUGACCAAGCAAACAUUGACCUGGAAUAAAGUGGUAAAAAAGAUUUCCUGAAGAAGUUUAAGAAACAUUAAAUUGCUUUUCUCCUCUAUUUUCAUACCACAGUAAGGGUUCUCUAAUGUUCUACUUUACGAAUUAAAUCAGCUCAUUAA